AGAAAAUACUAAACCUCAAUCCAUUAGCACCAUUACUCUUGUUAAAUGCUAUAUUGAUAUCCAAGACUGUAUCUACCCUGCUAUUAUUGACAGUGAAGCCUCUGUCAAUAUGAUCUCAUAUCAAACUGUAAAGAAACCAGGCCUCAAGAUUGAGGAACUAUCAAAAAGCCUUAUUGUUGCUACUACUAGUACCACUUCUAGACCUCUUAGAAUUAUUAGAAAUUUGCUUAUUAGGAUCCAAGAUCGACUUAUCCCCUUGGAUAUAGAAGUUGUACCUGCUACCUCUUAUUCUAUUUUACUUGAAAAUGAUUGGUCAAAGAAAAUAAAAGCCAAUUAUAAUUAG